CUCACAAUGAAGAAAUCACUUCUCUUUCUUUCAUUUCUUCUCUUCAACUCUUUCCUUUCUUUCGCUGCUGAAACGCCUGAUCCAGUGCUUGACAUUGACGGGAAGGAAAUCCGAGCUGGUGUCGAGUACUACAUUUUGCCUGUGAUGCGUGGCUUUGGUGGCGGUGUGACUUUCGGCCGCAGCACUGGGAACGAAUCUUGCCCUCUUGGAGUUGUUCAGGAGCGCUCGGAAGUCGAACCAGGCCGUCCAGUAACUUUUACACCGGUGAACCCGAAAAAAGGUGUGGUUCGUGUUUCCACCGAUUUAAACAUCAAGUUCGCUGACGCAUUUACAAUUUGCAUCCAAUCAAAUGUGUGGAAGCUUGAUUUUGACCAAGAAAUUGGACAGUACUUUAUAUUGACCAAUGGAGUUGAAGGGAACCCGGGACGUGAAACAAUAGACAACUGGUUUAAGAUUGAAAAGUACAGUGAUAGGGAUUAUAAGCUUGUUUUUUGUCCCACGGUUUGCAACACCUGCAAAGUGAUAUGCAAAGAUGUUGGCAUCUUUAUUGAUCAGGAUAAAACCAAGCGUCUGGCUCUUAGUGAUGAGCCUUUCAGGGUGAUGUUCAGAAAGGCUUGAAGCAUAAAAAAUGAUCAGCAUGUUCACGUUUUCAUUUCCAAUCAUUUCCAUUUUAUGUAAGUACAUCAAGGAAGUACGUAUAAUUUAUCUAUCCAGUGAAUAAUGUAUGACUCUGUCAUCUUGAAAGCUUGUACUGGUUUAUA